CAGGCCACGGACGACUUACAUUCAAAUUGAUGAACUUACUCGAAUUAACAAACAGAAAAACGAUAAGGAGCCAAUUGGAUUGCAUUCGCAGCAGCCUGUGCAUUGUCCAAGGCUUCCAAAAAGCUGGUCUUUUGUUGCUUGCGGGAGAGCGGGAAAGCUUGCAACUGCUAGAAGGAACACAAUCUUCGUAUCAUCAUGGGAACCGUUAUCGACUCCCAUUUCUUGGCCUUCACUGCCAUUGUUACCGUGGGUUAUCAGUUUUUCUUCUUCAUAAUCACAUCCCUUUUGAGAUUUGAUAAGGUUACUGACUUUGCUGGAAGCUCAAAUUUUGUUAUACUUGCUGUAUUGACUUUGGUUUUAAAGGGUUCAUGGCAUUUUCGUCAGGUGAUUUUGUCUGUGCUUGCAGUCUUAUGGGGCCUUCGGCUGGCCCUGUUUCUACUAAUGAGGAUAUUGCAAUGGGGGGAGGACAGGCGCUUUGAUGAAAUGCGUAAUAAUUUGGGCAAGUUGGCAGUUUUUUGGACAUUUCAGGCUGUUUGGGUGUGGACUGUGAGUUUACCAGUGACAAUUGUGAAUGCAAGUGACAGAGAUCCAUCCCUUGAAGCUAGAGACGUCAUUGGGUGGAUUAUGUGGUCUGUAGGGAUUUUAAUUGAAGCAACAGCUGACCAACAAAAGUUGACAUACAAAAACAACCCAGAAAACAGGGGGAGAUGGUGUAAUGUUGGAGUGUGGAAAUACUCUCGUCAUCCAAAUUACUUUGGCGAGAUCCUAUUAUGGUGGGGAAUUUUUGUAGCUUCUACACCUGUUUUAAAAGGUGCUGAGUGGCUUGUCAUCUUUGGACCAAUAUUCCUUACACUGUUGCUUCUUUUUCUCAGCGGCAUACCAUUACUUGAGGACUCUGCAGAUAAGAAAUUUGGUGGUGUGGCUGCAUAUAGGCACUAUAAGAAAACGACAAGCCCUCUCAUUCCGCUUCCCCCUGCAUUAUAUGGGAAUUUGCCUAUAUGGAUCAAAGCAACGUUUCUCUUUGAGUUUCCUUUCUAUAGUCGCAGUCUUCCAAAAGAAGAGCUGAGCUGGCGUAGAACAAGCAAUCGAGGGGGAAAUGCUGAGGGGAAGAUGGAUUGAUCUCGCGUUGACUUGUUUUUUAACUUUUCUCGGUUGAUCCACCGGCAUACACACAAACGUGCUUCCAAUCCAGCAUCGUCUCUGUUCCAGGAUAAACGUGCUUCGUUUUAACUUUUCUACUCUCCUCCUCCAUAUUUACAGGAUAAACUUGUAUCCAGUGUAAAUAUCAUUGAACUAGAACUCUUUAGUUGUUUUUUUACAUGUUGGCAAAAUCCAAUUUACACCUGGUGAGUAUUCUGCAAUUCUUGACGGCUGACCCCUCUCCUGAACUCUGCUUACCGGAGGAACACUUGGUCUGGGUACCUGUGAACCGGUAACAGGCUUUUGUAGAGGUUUUAGAGCAGCCAUAAUCUCAGCAAACGAAGGUCAUAUAUAUACAUAUUAUGUAAA